AUGGAGAAGAGUGAAAUUGUUAGAAAGGCAGAAGCUUUGGUGGAAGCAAAGAUGAAAGGAAAUGAUGCUUCCCAUGAUGCUGCCCACGCUUUCAGAGUUAGAGAUUUGGCUAUUUCCCUAGCUCAUGAAGAGGGCCUUCAUCAUUCCUCCGAUUCCAUUGAAAUCGUGGAGCUGGCUGCCCUUCUCCAUGACAUAGGUGACUACAAGUACAAAAGAUUGGCAAGUUUAGUUGAUUCUGCUGAGGAGAACAUUGUUGAAGAAUUUCUUCAGGAUGAGAGUGUGAAUGACAACAAGAGAAUGAAGAUACUGAACAUCAUAAAAAGAAUGGGCUUUAAGGAAGAACUCGAAGGGCUUCAAAAUGGGAAGGACUCUGUAGAAUUUGGAGUCGUGCAAGAUGCUGAUCGACUUGAUGCUAUUGGAGCUAUCGGAAUCGCCCGCUGCUUUACAUUUGGUGGAAGCAGGCACAGAGUGCUCCACGACCCUCAUGUCCUGCCUCGAUCAACUUUAUCGAAGGAAGAUUACAUGAAGAAAGAAGAGCAGACAACUAUCAACCAUUUUCAUGAAAAGCUAUUAAAGUUGAAGGACUUGAUGAAAACAAAGGCUGGGCAGAGAAGGGCUGAAAGAAGGCAUAAGUUUAUGGAGGAAUUCUUGGAAGAGUUCUACAAGGAAUGGGAUGGAAAGGCAUGA